AUGGAGAAAAAGGAGGAUACCAGCCAUGUGGAGCACACGCUGGAAGACACAACAGCUGCACCCAGCGCGAAUGAGCUCCGUGGACGUGCGAUUCAACAGCAAGAGCACAACCGCAGCUACUGGGAGACCCUGUGCAAAGAUCCACGUCUUCUCUCGGUAAUCAGCAUCACGGAAUUCAAACGCCGGUUCGGCAAGAUGAACACCGAUGGAUCCUAUUUCAUCAGUACCGACUGGCAGUCUGCACUGAAUGGAGGAUCGAACGCAGCGGCCAUUGUAGGUGCGUGGGGAGGAUCCUAUUUCGCGGAUCACUUUGGCACCAAGCCCGUUCUUCUCUUCGCGUGCGCGAUAAACAUUGCCUCAGUCGGCGUGGAGUUCGCAACUACGUCUAUUGCCAUGUUCUUCGGCGGGAAAAUGAUGAAUUUCGUGGCUAUUGGUGCCUUUCAGAACCUCUGCACGGCCUAUGUGGCUGAUAUCUCACCCCUUGCUAUUCGAGCCUCGGUGAUUGGUUUCUGUAAUCUCUCACAAUGCAUCGGGCCAUUCAUCUCUGCUAUCAUGUCCUACUAUACAUCUUCAUGGGAUAACGACUGGUCCUGGAAAUCGCUGGUGUGUGCUCAGUGGGGAUUUGCAGUGAUUGGAUUUGUUGGACAAAUCUUCAUGCCCGAGUCCCCAGUCUUUCUUGUUCACAAGGGCAAAAUGACUGCUGCUCGUGCUGUGCUGGGUCGCCUGUACAGUGACCCUAAUGAUGCGGAAGGCCACUUCGAGAGAAUCAAGUUGACUCUCGAGGAAGCCGAAUCCCAGAAGACAGUUUCUUAUAUGGAAUGUUUCCGAGGGACCAACUUGCGCCGGACGAUGAUUGCCAUGCUUGUAUUCACUGCUGAACCUAUGUCUGGUCUGGGUUUUGUGUCGAAUUAUGGCUCUCUUAUGUACCAGUACCUUGGAAUUGGUGAUCGGCAAUCAUUCCUGAUUCAGAUUGGUGCUCAGAUCCUGUCUAUCUCGGGUGCCAUCUUUUCUUUCUUGGUCAGUGACUUCGGGGGUCGACGUCCAAUGUUCAUCGGUGGCUGUAUUGCCCUGACAAUUCUUUUGUUGUGUAUGGGUAUCGCAGGCUCAGUGAACACAACAGCAGGUAUCACUGCCGCUGUGGGCUUCUACACCAUGUACAAUUUCGUCUUCAAUGCAGGCGUGGGAUCCAACGUAUACGCAAUUGCCGGUGAGGUUCCGACGUCCAUUCUGCGCACGAAGACACUUGCUCUGGCUAUCUCCGUUGAACAGGCGAUCUACACCAUGUGGUCAUUUGUCUCUCCAUACAUCUUCAACCCGGAUUACGGCAACCUCAAGGCUAAAAUUGGUUUUGUGUUUGGUGCUUUUAUGCUGGGAUAUAUUGCCCUUGCAUAUUUCUUUGUGCCAGAGACGCGUAUGCGCACUUAUGAGGAGCUGGAUGAGCUCUUUAUGAACAGUGUUCCCACACUUCAGUUCCGUGGCUAUGUCACCGUUGCCGAGAGACGUGCGGCGGAGGCAUACAAUGUGGAGAACAAGAUUAAGGAGGUGGAAGGAGAGAAUGUAUAG